AUGUAUGUCGGGUGUAUUGACAAGACAUUGGUAGCGUUCUUAUUGCUCGCCGUUACCAAUUCACCUUCUGCGAUGCAGAACAAUAUUAUCACGGGCAUAGCUACCAGUCCUGUGUCAGUGACGGGCGCGAUCACCCGAGUGUCAGCUGUCGUCAGUGGUGAAGCAGAGUUGCCUUGCGACUCCCGCCCCCCUCAGAGGAACGACAGCAUGCUACUCGUAGUGUGGUACCGGGACGAUAACCCUGUAUACAGUUACGACACAAGAGUGGAAGGCCCGUCCGCUCACUGGACGGACGAGCCAUUUGCCGGGCGAGCACGUUGGCUCGGCUCGCCGAACUCCGCGCUUCAGUUGCGCGGCAUACAAGCUCGCGACCGCGCGACGUACCGGUGUCGUGUAGAUUUUCAAGUCUCGCCGACUAGAAAUUCUAGGGUGGCACUUGAUGUUAUAGAGCUACCCAGUAAACCUGUGAUCUUUGACGAAUAUGGAAAAGAAAUAUCCGGGGUUGCUGGCCCCUACAACGAGGGAGGCGAUUUCAAACUCACUUGCCUCGUCAAAGGAGGUAACCCAACACCAAGAGUUCAAUGGCUUCAGGGUGACCAGAUCCUCGCCACGCUCAACCCUGGUGACCUACAGCCUUCAGGGCACACCAGGUCAUUGACCCUGGUGGUCAGAAAUGCCACUAGAGUUCACCAGUCAUCAGUAUACACCUGUGUAGCAGAUAAUACUCCAGCGGCAGCCCCGCAGAAGACUUCAGUGAAAGUGGAACUUUAUUUGAGGCCGUUGCUCGUGGAAAUACUAUCUAGAGAGCAGCCGUUAUCCCAUGGGAGAAAAACGGAGUUAUGGUGCAGAUCCACCGGAGCCAGACCUCCAGCUACUGUCAGCUGGUGGCUGGGGGGAAAGAGACUAGAGUCUAUUACUAAUCAUAGGGAGAUGGAAGAAGGCAACGAAACGCAGUCGCUGCUGCAAUGGACGCCGUUGAAGGAAUACAACGGACAAGUCUUGACAUGCAGAGCCGAACAUUCCAAGUUCAAUAAGUCGACAAUUGAGAGUAAACUGCAUUUGAAUAUUUAUUAUGUACCAGUUGCGACUAUUCAUCUGGGUGCUAAGAUGAACCCAAACGACAUCGAAGAAAGAGACGACGUGUACUUUGGUUGUGACGUAGACGCGAAUCCACCAGCUUACAAAGUCGUAUGGGAACAUAACGACGUUCUACUCACACACAGUACAGCCAACGGGAUUAUUGUGACAGGCAACACCAACCUUGCACUACGAAACAUAUCGAGGCAUCAGGCUGGUCUAUACACAUGCACAGCAUCCAACGUUGAAGGAGAUGGCAAAUCAGCACCGCUGCAUUUACAAGUAUUCUAUAAACCGCUGUGUCGGAGUAGGGAAAUAAGAAUGAUUGGAGCGGCGCUGCAGGAGCCCUCUAGCGUGGUUUGUGAAGUAGAUGCCUUUCCUCCACCAGAUACGUUCGAAUGGACACUUAACAACUCGGCCGGUUCGAUUAAAGUUGAUCCCGUACGUUUCACCGUCAACGCCAAAGAGGGGAAAUCUGUUCUGACGUACACACCCGUCUCAGACGUCGAUUAUGGGACGUUGUCUUGUCGGGCCACAAAUCUGGCGGGACAGCAGACCGCACCAUGCGUAUACACAUUACUGCCUGCUACCAGACCAGAUCCGCCUUCAAAUUGCACAGUGUACAAUCUUACUGAUGACUCGUUGGAUCUGAUUUGCUUAGCAGGAUACGAAGGAGGUCUACAAAGUGUAUAUAUAGUGGAAGUUUGGGGGAGCGAAGGGCUCGUUGUGAAUGCCAGUAAUGGCGCCGCGUUUUGGAACCUUCGAAGAUUGGGCGCUAAGCGGCAUUUGAAACUGGUAGUCUACGCAGCCAACGCUAGAGGAAGAUCUGAACACAUAUCUUUUACUGUGGAAACAUCACCUAGAUUGUCACCUAGGACUGAAGCACAAGAGGCAUGGGAAGUGAACUGGGCGAUCGGGGGCGUACUAGGAGCCGCUUUUACAGUAGCAUUCAUACUGUGUCUAGCCCUUAUCGCUACAAGAAUACGACACAGGGCCAGGGAUUACGAAGUAACAAUACCGUCGAGUAAGAAUCAAAAAACAACUUUGCCGAAACGGAUUUCACCCCACGGGCCCGAUGAGAGGAAUCCGGACUUAAUACCCUUAAGUAAAGGCAUCGUGGACUGCCAGCCCGAGCCGCCGAAAUACUCAGCCAUCUCAGCUAGCGAGCCCAAGAGCUCGAAUAGCGUACAUAGCUUGCCUCGCACUCAAUCGCCGAGCACGCCCAACACGCCGAACACGCCGCACGCUCAGUACACUGAUAACCAGAGUGAUUCUGGUCGCAGUGGUGUCAACGGUGUCGUGAGAUCGCACAGGGAGGUAGUAACCACGAGAACUCCACUACUAGCAGCGCAUCAAGAGAGCUGUGUUUAAUGUAAAUAAUAUUUAAAUUAGGCCGUUCUUAUUUCAAACUUAUAGUAAUAUUAUCUGUUACCAAUUUAGUUUUUUUUUAUCCAGCCAAUAUUAUCUUAAAUUUUGACU